AUGGGUGCAAUGACAGGAUCGUCGUCUCACGGUCGCAAGCCGAUGAAGUCUAGUUCGAUCGCCCUCAUGAGUAUAGCAGGAGUCAUUGGGGGUACUUAUAUGAUGUUCCGUCUUAUGGCUCCUCAGCGGGGUAGCGUUUUGACUACCAACGAGGAAAUGGAAGCGUUCCGAGGAGGGGAUUUUAAUCAAACUAGCGUGCAUGGGAAGACGGCAAGAGCUCCUCGCAAGAGUCAUGACCCCUACUGA